AUGGUGCUCAUGAUGCAAACACUCAGCAACACUCAUGAAACAUUGCUUCAUAUUGUGAGCACAGGUCAAAAACCUCAGGAAGUCAAAUGGCGCGCGGCGGUGGACUGCGGCUCGGCGGCGGAGCGUCAGCAGCUGUGCGAGCGCGUGUUCCAGGGAGGAGAAGAAGAGCUGGGUCUGCUGGAGGCUCUGAAGCUGCUGAUGCUGAGCCGAGCGGUGGAGCUGCACGGCUUCAUGAAGGCCGACGAAGACGUUCCUCUCUUCUGCUGGCUGCUGUUCGCUCGGGACUCGUCCGACUGCCCGCGCUCCUUCCUGUCCAACCACCUCAGCCACGUGGGCCUCAGCGCCGGCCUGGAGCAGGUGGAGAUGUUCCUGCUCGGCUACGCUCUGCGUUGCACCAUCCAAGUUUACAGACUGUACAAAGCCGACACCGAGGAGUUCGUCACCUUUUACCCCGACGACCACAAAGACGACUGGCCGUCCGUUUGCCUCGUUACCGAGGACGACCGCCACUACAACGUGCCGGUCGGAGAAGCUGCAGCAGAACAACCUGAAAAAGAAGAAGAAGAGGAAGAGAAGGAGGAAGAAGAGGAGGAGGAGAAAGAAGAAGAGGAGAAAGUUGCCUCCAGCUGAUUUCCGCUGCCAUAGAAACCAACUCCUCAGGUCGAUCAUGAAGAAUUAGAUUUACACCAAUAUGCUGAUUUGAGACCGUCUGCACACACUGUACUGUAAAAAGAAGAGUGUUUUCUAAUUUUGAGGGAUGUGUGUGUGUGUGUGUGUGUGUGUGUGUGUGUGUGUGUGUGUGUGUGUGUGUGUGUGUGUGUGUGUGUGUGUGUGUGUGUGUGUGUGUGUGUGUGUGUGUGUGUGUGUGUGUGUGUGUCCAGUUUUAGGCUGCAGGGUCCAGAACAUCAACCAUCAGAAUAACUAAAGCUGCCAACAGCACAAACACACUGGAGUUUUUCUCUCUCCCUCUUUUUCUCUCUUUCCAUCUC